AUGGGUCAAGGAAAGCAGCAAGAUGAGCAGCAGGAGCGCCUGCAGGCGCAUGUCUCUGGGCAGGCCAACAAGCCCAUGUCGGCGCCCGCGCAUGCGUUGAGCCACGCCGAUGUUGAGAGAGAGCUCCAAGUCGACCAUGAAGUUGGUCUGACGCCAGAGGAGGCCAAGAACCGCCUGGAAGUCUAUGGCCGCAACGAGUUUGGCGAGCAGGAAGGCGUCCAGCCGUUCAAGAUUUUCAUUGGACAAAUUGCCAAUGCACUGACUCUUGUCUUGAUCCUCGCCAUGGUUGCCUCGUUUGCCAUUCAGUCCUGGAUCGAAGGUGGUGUCAUCACUGCCGUCAUCAUCCUCAACAUUGUCGUCGGUUUCCUGCAGGAGUUCAAGGCUGCCAAGACCAUGGACUCGCUGCGCUCGCUCAGCUCCCCCACCGCCCAGGCCGUCCGCUCCGGCACCAACCAGACCGUCGUCACCGCCGAGAUUGUGCCCGGCGAUGUUGUCGAGCUCAAGACGGGCGACACCAUCCCCGCCGAUAUCCGCCUCGUCGAGGCCGUCAACUUUGAGACCAACGAGGCUCUCCUCACCGGCGAGUCCCUACCCGUCCGCAAGGAGACGGCUGCCACCUUUCCUGACGACACCGGCCCCGGCGACCGUCUCAACGUCGCCUACUCGUCUUCGACCGUUACCAAGGGCCGCGCCAUCGGCGUCGUCUUUGCAACUGGAAUGUUUACCGAAAUCGGUCAGAUUGCCGUCGCCCUCCGUGGCAAGAGCUCCCGCCGCCGCGAGCCCAAGAAGAAGCGCGAGGACGGCUCGACCAGCUUCCACCGCUGGCUCGAGGCCUGGGGCCUUACCUUUAGCGACGCCGUCGGCCGCUUCCUCGGCGUCAAUGUCGGCACGCCCCUUCAGCGCAAGCUCUCCAAGCUCGCUCUCCUGCUUCUCGGUACCGCCAUCAUCUGCGCCAUCAUCGUACUCGGCGCCAACAGCUUCAGCAACAGCCAGGAGGUCAUCAUCUACGCCGUCGCCACUGGUCUGUCCAUGAUUCCGGCCUCGCUCAUCGUCGUCCUCACCAUCACCAUGGCCGCCGGCACCAAGCGCAUGGUCCAGCGCCACGUCAUUGUCCGCAACCUCAAGUCCCUCGAGGCCCUGGGCGCGGUUUCUAAUAUCUGCUCGGACAAGACUGGAACCCUCACUCAGGGUAACAUGAUUGUCAAGAAGGCGUGGAUCCCCGGCCGAGGCACGCUCUCGGUCGGCAACACCAACGAGCCUCACAACCCCACGGUCGGCGCCAUCGGCCUCAAGCCCGAACAGCCCAAGGACAUUGACUUUGGCGCCGAAAACUCUGAAGGUGACUCCAUCGACACUGCAGAACUGCCCACCCAGGACAUGACUAUCCGUGAUUACUUGAAUGUUGCCUCCCUUGCCAACCUUGCUUCCGUCCAGCAGGUCGAGGGCGAGUGGCAGGUCCGUGGUGAUCCUACCGAAAUUGCUAUCCAGGUCUUUGCCUCGCGCUUCAACUGGAACCGUCUCCGCCUCUCCCAUGGCGAGGGUGCCGAGUGGUCCGAGGUUGCUGAAUUCCCUUUUGACUCUGAUGUCAAGAAAAUGUCCGUCAUCAUGGAGCACAAGCCCUCUGGCAAGCAGCAUCUCUUCACCAAGGGUGCUGUCGAGCGUGUCCUCACGUCUUGCGCUCAGUACGUCGACGGUGACGAGGUCAAGGAGCUUACCGAAGAAGUCAAGGAAGACACUCUCCGCAACAUGGAAGGCCUCGCUCGUCUCGGUCUCCGUGUUCUCGCCUUGGCUAGCCGUACUGGCAUUCCUCAUGUCAAGCACAACGAGGCCGAACUUGAGCGUGGUGACUUUGAGCAGGAUCUCGUCUUCCGAGGCCUCAUUGGUCUCUAUGACCCUCCCCGUCCCGAAUCUGGACCGUCUGUCCGCAAGUGCCACGAGGCCGGUAUCAGCGUCCACAUGCUUACUGGUGACCACCCCGAGACUGCUCGCGCUAUCGCUCUUGAAGUCGGUAUCCUACCAUCACGCAUGUCUGAAGUCGCUGCCGAUGUCUCCCGCACCAUGGUCAUGGCUGCCUCCGACUUUGACAAACUAACCGAUCAAGAAAUUGACAACCUCCCCAUCCUGCCUCUUGUUGUUGCCCGAUGCGCCCCCCAGACCAAGGUCCGCAUGAUUGAAGCUCUCCACCGUCGCAAGGCCUUUGUUGCCAUGACUGGUGAUGGUGUCAACGACUCGCCUUCUCUCAAGCGCGCCGAUGUCGGUAUUGCAAUGGGCCAGGCCGGUUCUGAUGUCGCCAAGGAAGCUUCCGAUAUCGUUCUUACCGAUGACAACUUUGCUUCGAUUCUCAAUGCCGUCGAGGAAGGUCGCCGCAUGUUUGACAACAUUCAGAAGUUCAUUCUUCAUGUUUUGGCUGAGAACAUUGCCCAAGCUUGCACCCUUCUCAUUGGUCUCGCCUUCAAGGAUUCCCGCGGUAUCUCGGUCUUCCCCCUUGCACCCGUUCAGAUUCUCUGGAUUAUCAUGGUUACCUCUGGUAUGCCUGAUAUGGGUCUCGGCUUUGAGAUUGCUGCUCCCGAUAUCAUGCAGCGUCCUCCUCAGAAUCUUAAGCAGGGUGUCUUCACUCCCGAACUGCUCGUUGAUAUGGUGGUCUACGGUGUUUGGAUGGCUGCGCUUUGCAUCUGCUCCUUCAUCGUCGUCCUUUACGGCUUUGGCCGCGGCGCCGCUGAUCUUGGUGAUGACUGCAACAACAACUACAGCGAAAACUGCAAGGUUGUCUUCCGUGCUCGUGCCACCACCUUUGCUUGUCUGACAUGGUUCGCGCUCUUCCUCGCCUGGGAAAUGGUCAAUCUCCGUCGCAGCUUCUUCCGCAUGCAGCCCAAGAGCAAGCGCUACUUUACCCAGUGGAUGGUCGACGUCUGGCGCAACAAGUUCCUCUUCUGGUCCAUCAUUGCCGGCUUCGUCACCAUGUUCCCCAUCAUCUACAUUCCCGUCAUCAACACAGUCGUCUUCAAGCAUGCCCCCAUUUCGUGGGAGUGGGGUGUCGUCUUCAUCGAGGCCAUCCUCUUCUUCAUGGGCAUCGAGACCUGGAAGUGGGCCAAGCGUGUCUACUUCCGUCGCCAGGCGCGCAAGCACACGAACGACCGAGAGAGCGAUCUGGAGGAGCGCACCUUUGGCCACUACUUCCGCACCAACACCCACAGCUCUGCGGGUAGCGGCGACGAGGCCCUGGCCGAAAAGAAGCACAGCAAGAGCGCCGGAGCUCAAUAA